CUUGCUGAAGUCUCGAAAAAAACUCAAAAACCAUUGUUUAUAGAUAAUAUAUUUUUUCAAUGAAUAAGAAAUUUAUACCAAUACUUAUUAUUAUACGGCUCUACGACUACUAUGAGUCUUGGUCUGCUGUUGACCGCCAGUUAUCAACAAUACUAACUAUAGACAAAAAUUUCAAAGUUUUUAUGAAGAUAAUGCAUAUCCUAAUGGUUAUUUUAGGUAAAAUUUGUUCGGUUGUUUUUUUUUAGUUCAUAUUAUGAACUUGCACCUGUCAAGAAAAUGUGACAGUCAAUGGUUUACCAAUAUUUAAAUUAAUUAUUUAACAAAAAUAUAGAUAAAAUCUAAAUUAAAACUAAUCACAGUGCGAAUUAAAGUCGUUUCAGGAACAUUAAUGUAUCCAUUUAAACAUUUCAUUUUAAAUAAGAAGAGUUAAUGUAAAUAUCGAAAGUAAAUAUUGUUCAACAGUUAAGCUUUCCAAUUUAAGGUAGCGUUCAACAUUUAUGAAGACUACAAACAUAUAUUUAUGUAAAAUUACAAACAUGUAAAUCUAAACUAAAUAUUCGCACCGUUUACUGUAGAAUUAUAGGACUGCACAAGUACUUGAACGAAAGAGAAUCGUAGACUGAAACAAAAAAUAAAAUGAAGUAAAAAGAGACUUGGAAGUGUUCAACAUAGCAUCACGCCAUGGACGCAUGCGUCAGCCGAGGCCUCAGAUGGUAUAGGAUGGAGGGGAGCCAGUUGAAGCCCGUCAAUCGAACAGUGUACUCCUUGUCGGCAAUGUGUUCGUAUAUGUCACCUCAUGAUCGACUAUGAAAUUGGGACCUUUUGAUUUGGACAUGUCACCAGCUUCUCAAAGGCAUACUCCACCAACUUCGGAUACCAUCCAGACGAAACCUUUUCCCAUAAGAGGAGAACGGGCAAAUUAUGUCAACAGCCCACAUGUUAUCGCAAUGGUUGGACUCCCUGCGAGGGGGAAAACCUAUAUAUCAAAGAAGUUGUCCAGAUAUCUCAACUGGAUUGGUAUAAACACUAAAGUGUUUAAUCUUGGUGAGUAUAGACGACAUGUUACCACCGCUUAUAAGAGCCAUGAAUUUUUUCGGCCUGAUAAUAAGGAAGCAAUGGCCAUUAGGACUCAGUGUUGCCUCGACGCACUGCAAGAUGUGUGCAAUUGGCUCAGGACUGGAGGCGAAGUUGCUGUAUUUGAUGCGACGAACUCAACAACAGAAAGGAGAAACAUGAUUCAUGACAUUGUUGUGAAAAAAAUGGGCUUUAAAUUAUUUUUUGUUGAAUCAGUAUGUGAUGAUCCCCAAAUAGUUGAGCAGAAUAUAAGGGAAGUCAAAGUUAGUUCACCGGACUAUUUAAAUAUGAACAAUGAAACAGCUCUCAAUGACUUCCUACAAAGGAUUGAUCAUUACAAGGAGAGGUACCAGCCAUUAGAUGAGAAAAAUGAAUCCAACCUGUCAUUUAUGAAAAUUUAUAACACUGGUGAAAAAGUAUUAGUACAUAAGCACGAAGGCCACAUACAGUCCCGGAUUGUAUAUUACCUAAUGAAUAUUCAUAUCGUACCAAGGACAAUUUAUUUAUGUAGGCACGGUGAAACCUAUCACAACCUUGAAGGGAGAAUAGGAGGAGAUUCUGAUCUAUCUUCAAGAGGAGAAGAAUUUGCAGACGCAUUAGCCGAUUAUAUUCAAGAACAAAAGAUAGAAGGCCUUCGUGUAUGGACAUCAUGGCUGAAGAGGACAAUCAAUACUGUGAAAGGAAUCCCUGCCCCUCAAGAAAGGUGGAAAGCAUUAAAUGAAAUUGAUGCUGGUAUUUGUGAGGAAAUGACAUACGAAGAAAUUCAAUCUUCAUUUCCUGAUGAUUUUGCCUCUAGGGACAAGGCCAAAUUCACUUACAGAUACCCUAGAGGCGAGAGCUAUGAAGAUUUAGUCGCCAGGCUCGAACCUGUUAUAAUGGAGCUUGAAAGGCAAGGGAACGUACUUGUUGUUAGUCAUCAAGCUGUCUUGAGGUGUCUAUUGGCGUAUCUUCUCGAUAAAUCUGCUGAUGAACUUCCUUACCUUCAGGUACCUCUUCAUUCUGUUAUGAAGCUUACUCCAGUCGCUUACGGCUGCAAAGUAGAAACUAUACCGUUUUCUAUUGAUGCUGUUGAUACUCAUCGCCCCAAACCAAAGAUUCCUGGUACACUUGAUGAAAAGUUUAAAAAGUUAAAUUCGAAAAAUCCUUGAGAUUAUUGUAUAUUUCGUUUUAAUUUUUAAAAAAAGAUCAUACGAAAAACCCCGCUUUGGUAUGAAAUUUGUUUUUUAUUUUAUUUAUCAAUAUCAGUUGUUAUAAUGAAGUUAUUUAUUGGUUGUGGUAUAUAAAGACAAUAUGUCUUCCUUGUGCUGUGUUUUCUAUAAAUUAUAAUUAAUAAUAUACUAAUGUAUAGUAGUUAGUAAUUAAUUUACUAUUAAUUUUUUUGCAAAAACUGAUAUUAAUUGUUAAAAGUUGCUUUUGUGUUAAUAAAAAAAUAAAACUAAAUGAAGAAUAGAAAUUACAAAAAAAAAAAAAGUAGUUCAUAUUUUAUUUUCUCUUAGUUAAUGAUUUGACUGAAUGAAGGUCCUGUAUAUUGUUUUGUUAAAUUUAUUAAAUAUAUAUUUAUUAAUAAUUUAUAUAAACAAUAAAAUAUAUAUUGUUUAAAAUAUGUGAUAAAAUUGUCAUCCAACUUUUGGGUGUUGUAUUUAUAGUAUUAUUGAUUGCUUAGAAAUGAAAUUCCACUUUGUAAAAGAAACAAGAAAUUUUAAUAUAAAGACUUUAUAUUUUUAUGUU